UUGAGCUGGAGCUAAGAUUCAAAUUAUCAAAAUCAGAUGGCAAACUCUACACCUGUAGCAGCUUACAACAUCCCAGAAGUGAAACUGAGUUCGUCCACCACUGACCGGAAGAUGCCAGUAAUCGGACUAGGGACGGCAGCUGACAACCUUGAUGAAAAAGCCAUGAAACUUGCUGUCCUAGAAGCCAUCAAGCUCGGCUACAGACACUUCGACACAGCUUCACUCUACGGGUCCGAGAAGGCUCUAGGAGAAGCAAUUUCUGAAGCACUUAAACUUGGCCUAGUUAAUUCUCGUGAAGAACUAUUCAUCACUACCAAGCUUUGGAGCACAGAGGCUCAUCGUGAUCUUGUUAUCCCAUCUUUACACAAGUCUCUUAGGAAUCUUCAGAUGGCAUACGUUGACCUCUAUCUCAUUCACUGGCCCAUUAGUGCGAAACCAAGUGACAAGAAACACCCAAUACCUGAAGAGGAUCUUCUACCAAUGGACUACAAAGCUGUUUGGGAAUCCAUGGAAGAGUGCCAGAGGCUUGGCCUCACUAAGUCCAUUGGUGUCAGCAACUUUUCUAGCAAGAAGCUUGAGACCAUACUCUCCUUGGCUACCAUCCCUCCUUCAGUCAAUCAAGUGGAGAUGAACCUCGUAUGGCAACAGAGGAAGCUCAUAGAAUAUUGCAAGGCCAACAAUAUAAUAAUAACUGCCUAUUCCCCUUUGGGAGCUAAAGGGGCCAGUUGGGGCACUAAUCGAGUUUUGGAGGAUGAAGCAUUGAAACAGAUUGCAAAUGCCCAUGGAAAGACUGUUGCUCAGGUUUGUCUUAGAUGGAUAUUUGAGCAAGGCGCGACUUUUGUUGUCAAGAGCUUCAAUAAGGAGAGGAUGAAGGAGAACCUGGAGAUCUUUAACUGGGCACUAAGUGGUGAGGACUAUGACAAGAUUAAUCAAAUACAACAGCAUAGGUUGAUAUCUAAAGAGGAUUUUGUUUCUCCACAUGGACCAUUUAAGACCCUUGAAGAUCUAUGGGAUGAGGAGUCUUAACCUUUUAUAUAUCAAAUUUCACUGCAAAUGCCAUGUAACUUUAGCAAACAAGCAGCAAGAAGAUGAGACUGGAUGGCUGGCAGGAAGUGUCAAUAAGUUUCUCAGAGUGUUGGAGGAUAUCUCAUAUCUGGGAAGAGGAAAUGUUCUAAUUUUAUUAAAUAUUUCAAAAUACAUAUGUAUUAUGUUGGUUUUAUUGCAAUUAAAUAAAAUGGAAGUUUUUGUUUUGUUUAAUUAA